AUGGAGAGAACGAAGAAGAUGCUUCAUUUAUCUACAAUCGCUGACGAUGUUCUCCAACGUUGCGCUCUGAAACUAGAAAAGCCCGUGAGCGGUUUGGUGGAAGAGUUCGAAAAAGUAUCGAAAGGGGAAAUAAAAAGAGAAAAUUAUUCGAGGAAAUUAGUGGAAUUUUGUUGCUCAAAAACCUUGUAUGAAGUUUGUAAAGAUGUUGAACAAUCGAUCAGGGAAGGAACCUUUAGUCGGUUAACAUUCGAUAUGAUGCUCGCUUGGGAGACCCCCACUUCCCUCGAUGCCCAAUCUCAUUCGGAAUGUGUGGCGAAGGAGAAAGAAGAGAGGAAGCAACAUGCAACAGCAAAUACGUCAAACAAACAAGAUGACAUUCCCCUGUUUUAUUCAGACAUCAUGCCCCUCCUUGUCAACAAUAAACCGAGUGUUGGAGAACAUGCGUUUGUAUGGUUGGGAUCAUUGGUUCCUUUGGUGGCUGAUUUUAUCAAUGGGAGAUUUACUUUUGAGACACUAACAGCGUCUACAGAGAACCGCCUUCAUUUCCCUGCUUACGACAAAUUCCUUCAAGAGAUUGACAAAUGUGUACAACAUUUGCAAAAGCAAGCAACACCAAGGAAUGUUGAAAUGGCAGAUGAUGAGUUCAUUCUACAUGUUGAGGGGACUGCAAGUUCACAGAGAGUGAUACGUCAUAUUGGGAAACAAAGUUGGCCUGGUAGGCUUACGUUAACAAAUUAUGCACUGUACUUUGAGGCAUCGGGUUCAGUGUCAUAUGAAGAUGCAUUCAAACUUGACUUGUCAAAGGACAUCAAACAGUCAAUUAAACCAGCAGCCACAGGCCCUUUUGGUGCUCCUCUUUUCGACAAAGCCAUUGCUUACGAGUCUGCUGAGCUGGAAGACGGCUUCCAGAUUGAGUUCCCAGAAUUGACUAGCUCAACAAGACGCGACCAUUGGCUUGCUCUUGUGAAAGAAAUUCUGUUAUUGCACAAGUUUUUAGCAAAAUUUAAGGUGGAAUCUCCCCUACAAGAGUGGGAGAUGCAUGCAAGGACCAUAUUAGGGAUAAUAAGACUCCAUGCAGCCCGAGAAAUGCUAAGAAUUUCUCCACCGACUCCAAAAAGUUUUUUGAUCUUUACACUUUUCGAUGAGCUGCCUACAGGGAGCCAUGUUUUAGAAGAACUCGCCGAGAGCCUAAAAACAGUUAGAAGUGGACACCCAUGCAGUGCUAGCUCUAUAUUACGAAACUUGAAUGUCUCGCAUGCUUGUAUCUCGUGUGCUGAAUCAGAAAUAGGGCCCGAACAAUCUGAAAUUGUAAGUAAUCAACCCGAGAAUAUAGAGUCUUUGGAGACAGCUGUUGAACAAGUAAGAGAGGAAGCAAAAGAAAUCAAUACUGCUAAAGCUACUACCGAUGAACUCAAAGAUGAUGGUAUUGGUGACAGUGCUCUUGUAUUAAUGGAGCUUAUUAAUCGAUUCAAAAGUGUGUUGCCAUGGUUUCAAGAGGUUAUUGAGUGGGAAAGACCUGUAACCACCAUUAUGGUACUCGGCACUUCACUUCUCGUUGUCUACAAAGAGUGGGUUGGGAAGGCCAUAGCUGCAUCUUUAUUGUGGAUGGUUUUGAAGAUGAUUUGGGCAAGAAAAGACGAAGUAGGCAAACAAACCAAGUUUAUUGUGCCCACUCCUCCAGACCAGACAACAAUGGAUAGUAUAGUAGCCGCACAACAUGCAAUCAACAAUACUUACAACAUUAUGCAGUUGAUCAACAUUUCACUACUCAAAGUAUGGUCAAUAUGGCUUGCCAAUGCCCCUAAGCACACAGAUACGGUGAUUACCACUAUGCUUGGAUGUGCAGUCGUAUUAGUACUCAUUCCUCUCAAAUAUAUCAUCAUGACAGUUUUAUUAUCUACCUUUGCAAUGACAUUGAAAUCAGGAGAUCGUAGAGACAAGAAAAACAAAAUGGGGAACCGGAGAUUGAAAGGAUGGUGGGACUCUAUCCCAGUUAUCCCAGUUGAAGUAGUUGUUCAGAAGAUGGAAAAACCUCCUGAAGAAUCAGAGAAGAAAAAUGAGUAACUUUUUUAGUUUUUUCCGUCUAGACUCUAGUCCCACUUUAUUUUGGAAAUAGAUAUACUUAUUAAGAAUAUACGGUUGUAUUAAUAAGGUUAAUUAAGUGUAGGCAUAGAAAAUUGUUAAAAAUUAUAGGUAAUAUAUUCGCAUAAUUUGUUUGGAAG